GUAGGAGGAAGAAGACGCCAUUAGGGGCAGCGGCGCCGUCGGCAGUGGGGAGCGUCGUGGUUCUCGGCGUCUUUUCCCUCAGCUCCGUUCCUCCGGCGGUGCCUUCCCCUCUCCUUCCCCGCUUCCCCUCUCGCUCCCCGCCCCCGCGAGUCUCCGUCCCGGUGGGCGGCGGCGCCCCGCGGCCGCGUUGCGGACCGUUGAUGUGAGGCGGCGGCGGACGGCGGGGCGCGGAUGGCGGCGGCGGGGGCCGGCGCGGCGGCCGGGGGCCGCAGCUUUUCCUUCAAGGUGGUUUUGCUCGGGGAGGGUUGCGUGGGGAAAACCUCCCUGGUGCUACGCUACUGCGAGAACAAGUUCAACGAUAAACACAUCACCACCCUGCAGGCAUCUUUUCUUACAAAGAAGCUAAAUAUUGGUGGGAAAAGAGUAAACCUUGCAAUAUGGGAUACAGCUGGUCAAGAAAGAUUUCAUGCAUUGGGGCCGAUCUACUACAGGGAUUCUAAUGGCGCUAUCCUAGUAUAUGAUAUAACAGAUGAAGACUCUUUUCAAAAGGUAAAAAACUGGGUAAAGGAAUUAAGAAAAAUGUUGGGAAAUGAAAUCUGUUUAUGUAUAGUAGGUAACAAAAUAGACUUGGAAAAAGAGAGACAUGUUUCAGUGCAAGAAGCAGAAACGUAUGCUGAAUCUGUUGGAGCAAAACAUUAUCAUACUUCAGCUAAACAGAACAAAGGAAUUGAAGAACUGUUUCUUGACCUUUGUAAAAGAAUGAUAGAAACUGCUCAAGUGGAUGAAAGAGCAAGAGGCAAUGGUUCCAGUCAGUCAGGAAUAGCAAGGCGAGGUGUACAGAUCAUUGAUGAUGAGCCACAAGUACAGAGCAGUGGAGGGUGCUGUUCUUCUGGAUAAUUAUAAAACUGUGCAUCACUGCCCUCUCAGUAUGAAGACUGCCAUAUUCCAAGUCACGCAUUCUUUACCAAUGGAGUAAUAGAAUUAACAGUAUUUAAAAAUAAUCACAUGUAACACUGCAGAGACCUUAAGUGCUAAACUAGUGGCGUCUGUGACCAGAGAAUUGGCAUUUUCUACAGUGGUUAACAAAGCAAUUACCAAUGGCCUUUUUACAUAUUUUUCUUUAAUGAGGAAUAAUAUGCAUGUAGAAAAGACCUACUUAAAGGCUUCAUUUAUAUUCUUUUAAAUCAGAUCAUUAUUUAAUAACUUAUAUACAUUGUUGUUGGAAUGGUAUACGUUUUUGCAGCUCUUUGUAUUUUGUGGUAGAUUGAAUUGUAUCACUUCUAAAAUGCAAAUUGAUUUUUUUUUUUUUUAAAUUAGCAGAUAUCUGAAGUAAUAUUUUUGCAGGGCCUUCACAAGCCUAUAACUGUCAACUACUUUGAUAUAUUCUGUUCAUCCUGUAUGCCAAGCUGGUAAAAUACAUUGUAAAUUACAUAUUAAAUAUUUUAUCUGCUUUUACAAUUGCAGGUGCAGAAAUAUGUACAUCAGUCUUGUCAGUGAUUGUGAAGUGAAUAAGUCAGUGAAAGAUGCAAGCUUUUCAUGUGUACUGUUGAAUUGCUCAUUCUAUUCCCCCUACCUGAAGACAGCUUUUUUUGGUACAUUCAUAGCUACAGCAUUUUUUUUUAAGACUUUUUCUGGUGAGGAGCAGUAUUUACAGUACCCCCUUAGUGGGAAGAGAAUGCUUCCGUAGACUGCUGUUUAACUUUGAGGUGUUUGACUCCCAGCUAAAACAGUUGGCGCAUGCAUAUAUCUUGCCUCUGCAGUUACUUUGGCCUCUCAGAAUAUCCCCAGAAAGUCAAAGCAACUUUAGCCCUCAUCUGUCUGGUAGCCAGUAAACCAGAUGCAUGGGAAACUCUUAAGCUGCAUUAAUACAUUUUUGUCCCAAGACAGCAUUAUAAGCUAUUAAUGAGCAUUUUUUUUUUCCCCCUGUAUUGCAGGGCUUGAGUGAACAAAUGAAUUGGUGUUAACUAGAACUGCUUCUGAUUUGGAGUGAUUAAAUGGAAGAUAUGAAACUUGCCAGAUGUAAUUGUAACUUUGGGGAUACUAGACAGAACUGAAUUUAACUCCUGGCUUGCUCUUUCUCUUGUAAAGCGUUUUGAAGCCCACUUAAGUUUUGGGAGGAGGGUUUUCACAAAAAGUGUAUAAACUACUAUCACAAAUGAACACAAAUGGUGGUAGCUGAAACUUCAAAAUGUUUUGUGCUCUGACUUUUUUUUUACUUAAGUUGUCAUGCUUGGAAAAACAGUAAAGGUGAUGUCUAUGACAAAAUAGAAUAUUCCUUGGCCUUCCUUUUUCUGAAGGGUAGAAUUAGUAUUGCAUAUGAAUGCACUGAAUGGUGUGGGUAUGUUCCGAUGCACAAAAGGAGUAGUAGUAACUAAUCACUCUGAUAUGUAAGAGAAGUGUGCUGUCUCCAGUCUGAUUUUUAUUUUCUCUGAAAUAAUAGAUGGCUUUGAUACAGA